CGCUGUCGCGGAGUGCACUGGGGUGAUGUGGUUUGUGCGGCUGGCCGUCCAAACUCGCAAAACCAAUCUGGUCAACUAAUGAAGGAUUAGAUAUCUAUGUCGAGGAGAAGAAGACCAUAUCAUGUCUGUCGUCUUACCAUUGGCGCUGGCCAUGACCGGGCUAGAAGUAUGUGGGCAUGUUGACGUCAAAGUUCCCUCAAAAGGCAGAAAAUUCGGGGUUUGGAAGGCUUGGAGGCAGCAAUGGUGCAUUGUAAGAUGUGGGCAAGACAGAACAAUACAGAUGGUCCUCGGUCACGGACACAACAGUCCUACGAGCUGUAUAGUGAUCCCAUACAACGCUGUACUGUGCAGAUCAGAAUCUAGGUCAAGGCCAUAUGCGUUUGGCGUCUUCUGCUCAAGCAGUGUGACCCGUUUCCGUCAGCCAAUCGUAUUUUUAGCAGCGCGAUCUGAGACUCAGUCCCAAAAUUUGAUGCUCAAGAUAAGAAAUUUAAUAUCAAAACCAAAAAUACCAGUGGAGCCAGGACUAUUCUCCGUAUCUCUGAUAGACAAUACACACUCUCGAACCGCAGGGUUGGCAGGUCUGUAUGGGACUCUGAGCACCUCUCUGACAGGCAUCACAGUUGGCGACCCUGCUACUGGUCAGAUCAAGGUCCAUUGGCGCUGGCCGCAAGUGGAUAGAGUCAGCCUAGCUCCUGUUUGUACACCGGAAGAUAAGGGUCAUGUUGUUAUCCUGCAUACUUCCAGUGAGUUCUCCUGUGGAGAAGGAGAGCUGCGUCUCUUCUGUCUCCAAGGUAGCGAACUUGACACUGAGAUAUCCAAGUUCCUAUCCAAACCCCAACAUCGCCUCACGUCCUCCCCCCUCCCCCCUCUGCCACACCCCUCACCUGCCCUGCUGGCGUCGCGUCGCCUCAGUCGUAGCGAGGGGGACCUGCGCUGCUGGCCGCAAGACUCCAACUUCUCUUUGUUUCAUCUCCGCACUCAGAGCAUGUCGAGAAACACCUCCAACGAUAAGGUUGCCAGUAGCCUAAUCCAUGCAGGGCUCGGCCUCAUGUUAACAACCCCUGGGUGUAGUGAGCCCGACUCCCUCCACGACUACCAGUGUCUGGACUCCUAUUGGCCAGAGCCAGAUACGCUGGGAGAUCUGCCGAACCUAGAGUCCCGCAGAGCACAGUUCCGAGACGGCCGUCGGGAGUCUGGAGUAUCAAUAGCUUCCGGGAUCUACGAGGAGAUUGACGAGAACGAUUACGAGAGCAUGCGACCUCAGGUGGAGGAUCCCCCUCCACUGCCGCCUAGGAAGCACGAGCCUAGCGGGUCAGAAGAAGAAUAUUCUACGCCAGAUCUUAUUUACUCUGUCGCUGAAGACAAAGAAGAAGAAGAAGAAGAACCACUAUAUCUACCUAUGUCUCCGGGAAAUCGUAAGGAAGAUACUUACGUUGUGAUGGCGAACCUCAUCAACAAAAACCACAUAUCCGAGCCAGUAUUGUGAUAAGUUUUAUUCAUUCUAUUUCUCGUCUUUCAAUUAUCAAGGACUUUCACUUUCAUGACAAACUCAAUAAAAAGACUUUCAUCAUUGUCUAUAAAAGACUUAAGAUUUUUUACUUAUUAAUUAUAAGAUUGUACAUAAGUUAGGGAUGUUUUUCUAGUAACGUUACCCAUACAUUUUAUAAAUUGAAUUUUCACAAUAAAUGUUUUAACUGUUUUGAUUUUCAGUCUAAAUUAGUGUUACGAUAUAUUGCGAGAUUUUAAGGGAUUCCAUAAAAUUUAUUUAGGAUGUUUAUAUUUGUAAUCUUUGCACAAAUAUCUAUUAAUAAGAACUGAGCGCUUAUAUUUUUGGACUUAUUGUGAUGUUUCGAUGUUUUAUUCUCUAAGCAGUUUUUAUACGUGUAUUAUUCUGGUAAACUCAGUCAAAUAUACUACUUUGUU